GCCUGGUGGACUACAGUCCAUCAUGUCACAAAGAGCCAGACACGACUGAAGUGACUUAGCACACAUGCACAAGGAUAGGAUAAUUUAGAAGUGGGUGUUUCCUGGGUCUCAGGUCCUGCAUGCUUGAACUUAAAAAGUAAGAUUUAUGGAGCGAUUGUGGUAAGCUUUUCUAUUUACAGUGUUUGCACAUAUGAGAUCAUUUAAUCCUCACAUGAGGCCUUGCAAAAGAACCUAUUAUUAUCCUCAAUUUACAGUGGAGGAACUCAAGGCCAGAGUCAGCUUGAGGCCCACUAUUGUUCCGUGGGGGACCUGCUUUUGACCUCAGCCUCUCUUCACAGUACCCAGGCUGCCUCUUACUACCAUCCAGCCUUCAGGGAAGGAGAAUGUAAGAGACGUGUCACUGCUACUGAAUCCCCUAAAUUCUCUUCAUUCCAGUCCCUCACCCCUCUGAUGCUGCCCUCUGGGGCAAAGGGCACAGGGGAAGGGGCCUUGGUAGGUUAAUUAUUAACUCUUUGCACCUCAGGCACUGCGGCUUCUCUCCCCUCCCGGAGGCGAAGGGACAAAGCCAGGCUAGCGGCUGGCAAGGGGGCGGUGGUCCCUGCUGCAGCCAUGGGGGUCGCACUGCCGCGGCAGAUACCGCGGCGCUGGCUGCACAGCGCAAUUCCUCUUGCUGUCUUCGCGCUACUGCUUGUUUAUCUCUGGGCUCGGAACCUUCGCUGCGGAUCUGGGACGCAGUCCUGCAUUGCCGAGGGGCCGCCGCCUUUCCAGGUCCAGCAACAGUCGGGACCCCUGGAGGGCUCGGAAUGGGAAGAGCCUCAGUGUCUGGGCCCCCAGGGGAUGCUGGGCCGUAUGAUGAGGCCGUUCCGCGCCAGUCUGAACCCGGAAGGGGACGUGGAAUUGUCACUGUACCUGGCAGGAUGGAGGGAGUUAGUCAGGUUCUUAACUCCCCUCGGCUCCAUCUUCGCCUUCGCCACAAGCGAGGCCUCCGCCAAAGUGACAGACCUCGAAGCCUUGGUGCACGGCCCAGAGGCCGCGCACUACACGUCCCUGGGGACGAUGGUGGCGUGGGAGCGGCCCGAGAUCGCCCCACCGCCCUCGGCCGAGGCUUCGGGCUCGGUAACGAUGCUCUUGCUGCACCGUGCGCUACGCUGGUCCCAGCUCUGCCUCCACCGGGUGGCGACCGGGAUGCUCGGAGGCCCGGACGCCGGCGUUCAGUGCAGCGACGCUUAUGGUACAGCUCUGGCCCCUCAUCACUCCUGGUUCGUCCGUCAGGCUGCCCACCUCGCAUUCCUCGCUUUCCCGGGUCGCGGCCGCUUACUCGAGCUGAUGUGUCCCGGAGCCAGAGAGACGGAGGCGAGGGCCGCGCUGGCCCGGGCCGCGGGCACCCUGAAGGACGUCUACAACCGUACCCAGGGAUUAUUGGCCGAGCGCGGCUUGCUCGAGCUGGCCUGAUGCCUGCUGGCGAAAGGAAGGACUCACACCGGGAAGGCGUCGGUACAGCUGGGGUCGAGCCCUAGGCUGGCCUCUCGGCGCCAGGGGCGUGGUCACCACAUACCACGCCUCCGUGGUGACGUCACCAACCCGGCGUGGUUAGGGUUUUAACAUCUUCCGCUAUCUGCAAUCUCCCGGAGGAGGGAGAACAGUGGGGAAUAAAAACAGUGGGGCUAUUCUCUGAUAGCCGCCGACUUAGGGCGUUUUGUGCGAUGAUGGUAGGCGCUUAAGGGAAAUAGGAAAAAUAGAUGCGGGAAGAUGAAGAUGUGUUAUUCCUAUUUCUCGCCGCCGAGAGACUCGCUACCCCUGACCUGUCUCAGUCAUUCCUACAGCUUCACUUGUCCACUACAUGCCACGUCUCCAGUCCAGACCUGUCCCCUGAGCUCCAGCCCGCAUAAAGCCAACUCUUGCCCAGAUAUCUCCAUAGACACCGCAAAUGCAACACAUCCUACACGGAUCCAGUCACCUUCUCCCAGAACCGCACCUCUUAUGUUUCCUUUCUCAAUAAAUGACACCCUUUCCCGUCAGCUACCCAAGGCUAAAACCUGUGCGUCUUGAUUCACGUCAAGCAGGCGCCAGCCCAAUAAUGUUCGUUUGUGGACUCCAGUGAACAAAGUUAUACACUGACAACUCCCAAAUUAUAACUCCAACCCACUUU